AUGUGCCCGCUAUUGCUGCCAUGUGCACGUGUAGGGACGCGCGCGCGGCGGGACAUCCCUCGUGCCGGCGGCGUGUCAUCUUGUGCGGGAGGAGUUACUCCCCCUGUGGCCGUGAUGGCCGCCGGCACCAGGAAGGUGGUCGCCGCUGCGGCUUGGUUCGGUGUUCUGAUGGCGACGGCCCAGGCCUUCGCGCCGACGCCCCGGGGAGGAAGGACUUCCCGUGCGUCGCCGCCGGCACGGUACCUGCUUGACGAAGGUUCCCGAAAGCCCCAGCCCCCCCCCGGGAACUGCUCCGGGUUGCUAACCUGGUGCCCUGGGAACCUGGCGCUCUGCCCUAUGAAUUUACUUCUACUUCACCGCAUUUGGGAGGACCUUUGA